AUGUCUGAACAAAUCCAAAGCCUCGAUAGAGCAAUUUCUAGCAUGCAGUUACUCUUGCUCAGCUUGGUGAAGCUAACCAAGACCAACAAUCUGUAUGGUUACUGGAUAUCUGAGGAGUGGCUUUAUCAGACAGCUCUUAUCUUCCUUAUCGAGCUACAUCCCAACAACGCCCUACACUACCUCAAUUUUGCUGCUGCUGCUGCAAGUCCCCAACUCCUAUUGGCCUGUAGUUUCAUCUCGACGCUAUUCAGCACGGCAGAUGAACACCUUUCUCUUGAACUGUACUGUGCCAAUGAGAUGCAGCCUACAGAUAGUGGCAGAGCAGUCCCUACUCUCAUUGUUGUCGGCAAAGUUUCCAGAGGCUCUUCUGAACUGGUCAACAGUCGUGCUUUUGACAUGGACAUCAUGCAGUAUGGUAUCAUGCUGCAACAACUCACGUGCAUCCACUGCUUCUAUCCUGAAGAUCAUCUUCGCCUCUUGAAGACACCAGUACCUACUGCUGAAAAACAGAGCACAUGCCACAGAACUGUUCUUCUGAUGUACAGGCAGUGAUCGCCUACCUGGAUGGAAUGUACGCAGCUAAAGACACAGCUGGAAUCAAGACACUCCAGGAGACAUUUGGCCUUGGCAGUCUUGAUCAUGUUG